CUGCACGCAUCACUGUUCCCAAAAAUGUUCUAUUGACUCUUCGCUCGUCCUUCACCUCCGUCUUCCCAAAGCCAUUCCCCACCUUAAUCGCCGUCGUCUCCCCGAACUCUACUCUGAUAGCAAAAUCAGGAUUCACUUUUCGAUUUCCGAUCAAAAAUUCCAUUUCCGGAGCACUUAAAAAAGUGUAAGAUUCGAAGAGUUUGCCGAAGUAAUGUCUCGAAUCGCGCGCAGCUGCGUUCAAUCGCUGCUGAAGUUGGUGAACUCGGGGUUAGGGAUGGCUGGAAUAGCCUUGAUCAUGUACUCGCUUUGGAUGCUGAGAGCUUGGCUUGCGGACGAAGAAUCCUCUGAGGCUCCUAUUCCUUGGUUUAUAUACACCAUUCUCGGAGUUGGGGUUAUUGUUUGUGUGAUCACUUGCUCUGGUCACAUUGCUGCUGAAACUGCUAACGGUUGUUGUCUAUACAUCUACAUGGUAUUUGUGUUUCUUCUUUUCUUGGUAGAGGCUGCUGUCACUGCUGAUGUUUUCUUAAAUCAUCACUGGGAAGAGGACUUUCCAGAAGACCCGACCGGAAAUCUUGAUAAUUUGAAGAGCUUUAUUCAAGAGAACUUUGACAUUUGCAAAUGGGUUGGCUUGGCUGUGGUGGCUUUGCAGGGAAUUAGCCUACUUCUGGCUAUGGUUCUUAAGGCUUUUGGACCACAUCCCGAGAGAUACUACGAAAGUGACGAUGAUUACCUACCAGAUAGGGUGCCGUUGCUAAAAACUUAUGUUCCCUCACAAUCCUAUGUUGUUAAGGAGCCGCCCAAUGGGAUGAAAAAUGAUGCUUGGGGUGUAAGAAUCAACAGCACGGCGAACCGGUAAAGAAGCCACUAUGUAUUUUAUGGGAGCCAAGUGCAUUGAAACAAACUCGGACAUCAACCAAUUUAAGGUUUGUGGAUUAAUUUGAUCUUUGAUUGAUUGAUUUUGUUAUCCGGGAUAUGUUUAUAUACUGUAAAUGGCUUCAUGUAAGUGUGUACUCGAAGUCUUGGACAUAAAAAAUAUUUUGAAAAAGUCGAAGAUAUUGAAGUAAUGAUAUUGUUCUCUUGCAAAUUA